UAUUGGCUGUUACAAGCUCUGGGGAAAAAAUAAGAGACCAACUAAAAAUGAUGAGUUUCUUUGAUUUUACCAAAUUAAAAACCUCUGGAAUAUAAUCAAGAGGAAGAUGGAUGAUCACAAACCAUCAAACCACCAAACUGAACUGCUUGAAUUUUUGUACCAGGAGUAAAGCAGCAUAAAGUUAUCCAAAAGCAGUGUGUAAGACUGGUGGAGGAGAACAUGAUGCCAAGACACAUGAAAACUGUGAUUAAAAACAGGGUUAUUCCACCAAAUAUUGAAUAUUUCUGAACUCUUAAAACUUUAUGAAUAUGAACUUGUUUUUAAAAGCUCUGCAUUUGUUCGUAGUUUCAGCUAUUAUUACAGUAUUUUUAUUUGGAAUUUGGGAGGAAUGUUGUCUGUAGUUUAUAGAAUAAAACAACAAUGUUCAUUUUACUCAAACAUAAACCUAUAAAUAACAAAAUCAGAGAAACUGAUUCAGAAACUGAAGUGCUCUCUUUUAUUAUUUCCAGGGCUUGAUUUAUGUUUGCCUCUCCCUAAUCAAAAACACUACUUACCUUCUUAAUUACUGCUGUUUUAACAGACAUACAGGGGGUUGGACAAUGAAACUGAAACACCUGGUUUUAGAGCACAAUAAUUGAUUGUGGUGACGGACAGUUCUGGUGGAAACAGGAGAGUUGAGCUGCACAUUGAAUUCUGCGUGAUUUGAUCAGCCGUGGUUUUAUGUUUUUUAUUGGAUACAAUCCGGGUUAGCACCCGAACAUCCCUUUCAGACAGCUUCCUCUUACAGCGUCCACAGUUAAUCCUGUUGGAUGUGGUUGGUUCUUCUUGGUGGUAUGCUGACAUUACCCUGGAUGCCGUGGCUCUUGAUGCAUCACAAAGACUUGCUGUCUUGGUCACAGAUGCUCCAGCAAGACGUGCACCAACAAUUUGUCCUCUUUUGAACUCUGGUAUGUCUCCCAUAAUGUUGUGUGCAUUGCAGUAUUUAGAACCUUCGCACUCUUCACGCUCUUACUGGUGCCAUGUGCAAUUAAUGAUUGAUUAAACAUUAACCACCAGGCUGCUCCAGUUUAGCCAUGAAACCUCCCACACUAAAAUGAUGACGGGUGUUUCAGUUUCAUUGUCCAACCCCUGUAUCUUAGUAGAGCUGGCAUGUUCUCAGCAUCCAUAUUACAUCUCUUGACCUGAAGCCACCCCCCUCCAUAAGUCCUGGACGUCAUCUGCUCUUCUAGAAUCUUAGCUUUCCAGAAGAAUCUUAACCUCUCCUCCAUCCUGAGUUCAGGCCUUUGGUCACCGGGCCCGGCGCUUCUUCUUCCAGAGGAUUAUUCUGAAGACUCUGAGGCGGGUGGAGGAUUAGCCCAGGCAGAUUAAAGUGGCCAUCCUCAACCUGCUAAUCCCACCAUCUGUCAGAAAGCAGGCCAGGCUCACCGGAGCUGCCCCACGCCAGCCAGCCAGCCAGCGCCUUCUACAGCCCCUUAAUUAACAGAGUGCAGAGGACUUAACUCUCUCUCUCUCUCUUUUUCUCUCCUUCUCUUUCUGUUCCCUCACUUUUUCCCCCUCUCUCCCACACUUAGACCAAAGCACCAGUCAACGUUCUCAUCGUCUACAAGAACUACUUUGUCCAAAAUCUUCAAAAAAAAAAAUGGAGGAAACGUAUCUACUCAACCAUCCCGGAGUGAAGAAGAAGAUCCUGAGUGGAGGCCGAGGUCCUCUUCCUCACUUCCCAAACGGAACAAAGCUGGUUUUCCACUAUCAGACGCUGCUGGAUAACUUCGAGAGGACGGUGAUUGACGACAGUCGCAGAAAUAAGCAGCCCACUGAGAUCUUUGUGGGGAAGAUGUUUAAGAUGGAGGUGUGGGAGGUGCUCCUGACCUCCAUGAGGGUCGGCGAGGUGGCCGAGUUCUGGUGUGACGCCAUCCACACAGGUUUGUACCCCAUCGUGUCUAAAGGAAUGCGGUUGGCCGCUCAGGGUAAAGACCCUCUGGAGGGGCAGAAGCACAUGUGUGGGAUGGGCAACGUGUUCACCUACCACUCCACCGGCUUCCCCGAGCUGGAUGAGCUGAUGAGGGAGCCGCAGCCGCUAAUCUUCAUCAUGGAGCUAAUCUCGGUGGGCGACCCUCUCUCGUACCACCGCGAGUCCUGGCUGAUGGAGAAGGAUGAGAAGAUGCAGGUGGUUCCUGCUCUCCAUCUGCAGGGUAAUCAGCUGGUGCGGCAGGGCCGGUACCGCGAGGCCUCCGAGAAAUAUAAGGAGGCCGUGCUGCUGCUCCGGGUGGUGCAGUCCAGGGAGAUGCCGGGGGACGAGGACUAUAUUCACCUGGGGAAGCUCAUCAUUCCUCUGGUUCUGAAUUACUGUCAGUGCAUGCUGGAGCUGGAGGAAUACUACGAGGUGAUCCAGCAUGCCUCCGAACUCAUAGACAAACACAAAGACUGUGUGAAAGCGUACUAUAAGCGCGCGAAAGCGUACGCCGCCGUGUGGAGCGAGAGAGAGGCCAAGAAGGACUUCCUGAUGGUGUCCAGCCUGGACGUGACGCUGGCCAGACUGGUCCACAGAGAGUUACAGCAGCUCUCUGAGAGAAUGAAGGAGAAGUACUGGGAGGAUAAGGAGCGCUACUGGAACAUGCUGGAGGAGAAGAAGAGCGGAGAGAAGGAGGAGGAGGAGGAGAAGGAGGAGGAAGAGGAGGAGAAACAGGAAGCUGAAGGUCCGACUGAGAGAGAGGAAGAACCUGGAGAGAAUCUGAGUGAGAACACUCAGGUAUCUCCUCAGCAGGAGGACGGAGAGGAGACGACCUGUGAGGAGAAGAGCCCAGCGGCUGCUGAGGAAGAGCCGAGGGCGGAGGAGCCGAGGACGGAGGAGCCGAGGACGGAGGUGGAGGAGAGAAUGGCGGCGCUGAUCGAGGGUAAAGACCGGCAGCAGAUGUUGAGGAUGAUCAUGCUGCUCCAGGAUGAAGGAAGUUUCCAUAUUAAAGAGAGGAACUUUGAGGUGGCCAUGACUAAAUUUAAAGAGGCGCUGGAUUAUGUGGACUAUAUUCAGACCAAGGAAGUGGAAUAUAAAGGUGAGGACUGGGAAUCUCUGGAGAAAGUUCGGCUGCCGCUCACUCUGAACCUCAGUCAGUGCCGGCUGGAGCUCGGGGAACAUCAGGAGGUGAUCCACCUCAACAGCAAACUGCUGAAGAACCAUAAAGACAAUCUGAAAGCCUUCUAUCAGCGAGCUCGGGCUCACUCGGCCUUGUGUAACGAGGAAGAGGCUCGGCGGGACUUCGACAAAGUUGUGCGUCUUGAUCCCAAGUUUAAGCCCAUCGUGCAGCACGAGCUGAAGAGGCUCGGGAAGACUCUACGGACCAAGCAUGCCCGCGAGAAGAAGAACUACUGGGCCAGCAGUCAGGAGAAGUGGGAGAAGAAGGCCCUGGUGAAGAGGCAAAGCAAGGUCGAAAAGAAGAAGGAGGUAAAAUGGGCUGACGAGAGCAAAACUGCCGGCGAGAGCUCGGCGGUGCUGGUCAAGGAUAUCUGUGGACGAGCUGAAUUUGCUGAAACGUCCGAAACUACCAACUCUGACAAAGCAGAGGAAACCAGCUCCAACCUGCCAAACGAUGAAGAAGAAUCGGACAAGAAGACAAAAUGCUUCAAUACCGAAAAUACUAACCUCCAGGGGACGGGAGAAGCAGAUGUGAAUAAGCCUGUGGAUGAGGACAGGCAUUCAGACCAACCUAAAGACGGCAGCGACGCCGAUCUGAACGAUACGGUACAGAAAUCGCCCACAGACACCGUCAACGUCAAAGAGGUCGAUGAAGUCAACAAAGACUUUCAGACACUUGCACAGGCUGAUGAAGAGGCUGAUAAAAACAGCAACACAAGCCAAGCAAAGAGCACCAAUGAUGUUAAAGAAGAGUCCAUUAAACCAAGAGGUACCAAGAAACCAGGCUCUUCUGGUGGUGCAAAGGGAGUAGCACCACUAACAGCAGGACUGGCUCAACCAAUCAACAGGCCUGGAAGCGCUGGAACCAAGAAAUGCAAGACGACACAAGGAAAGAGCACAAGCGUGAAAACGCCUUCUAAAGAAGCUUCAGCUACCUCUAGUGCUACGUCCAGAGCACCGGCUGCAAAAUCCACCACUGCCAAAAACGUAAAACGCAAACCUAAAUAAAGUUGGACGUAGACUGAGCGUAGGUUGGACUAAUGUACCAGUGGUAGGAUUGUAGUUUUCCAUGACUUUUGCCAUAUCCUAAGGUAAAAGGUAAAAAUAAAAGUGUCUACUGCAUUCAAUCUAGAUAUGACUGUAAAUUUGCUUUUCUCUUCACAUGGGCAAUUCAAGCCAGACACUGCCGGUCACAAUCAUUGAUUAGAUGUAUUGGGAAUCACAAUUUGUAAUUUAUAUAUAUUUUUUUGUUUUUCUACAUUGUAAAUGAAUACUAAAGUCAUCCUGACUAUGAAGGAACACAUAAGGAAUCAUGUAGCAAUUUAAAAGUGUUAAACAAACCAAAAUACUCUUAACUAAAAUUAUCUGGGGAGCUGUUUGUUAACUUUUGGUUUUUGAGGCUGGUAACUCUGACAAACUUAUGCUGUACAACAGAGGAACUCUUGCUCUUCCUUUCCUGUGGCAGUCCUGAUGAAAGCCAGUUUUAUCAUGCACUUAAGGAUACUUUCAAAAUUCUUGUUUUUUUUUUUUUAACUUUUCUUUAUUUAGUUGAGUAUUUCUUGCUUCUCAUAAUCUGGAUUAGAACAUUACUCAAAUAUUCACUAUUCACUGUAUACCUGUAACUCUACCUCUUCACUACUUUACUUUAACUGAUGCUCUCAAACACUUUAUUAAGAGACAAGAAAUUCAAGUAAUUAACUCUUGAUGAGUUCAGCACAGCUGUUAACUGAAAGCCUGAAUUCCAGGAGACUCUACCUCAUAAAACUGACUGCGAAAUUACAGCAGAGAUCUGCAAAACUGAUCUUCUGUAAAAUAUAAAACAUAUUCUGGCUUGUUUAACACUUUUUUUCUUUACUGAAAUAAUUACAUAUGUUUUUCUUUAUAAUUUGGACAACUUAAACUAGGUUUUAGACUGGAACAUUGUUAGUAUUGAUACCGAACCACGAAACAUGAUAUGUAAUAUCAUGAUGCUGCAGUAAAUAAAUACUUUACCUACCCUAAAACCUCUACGCCAUGCUCUACACUAUGAUAAUGAUGAAUUAUAUGAUAUACAGCAUUCCCAUGUAUUAAUUAACAUCACUUACAAGAUGACGCAUCACAUAAUGAUCCAUUUACACACUGUGGUCCCAUGACUCGUCAUUGGCACGUCGGUGUAUUUGCAUAAUCUCAGGGAUGUACAUACGAAUACAGUAUCCUGGAGCUCUCAAUCAGGAACGACAGACGUACAGCUGUAUAACAAAUACAAAUUUAUUUCUUUGUACACAAUGAGUAGAAAGCAGCCAGUAACUUAUUCAUUUUUAAAAAGCUUUUCCUUUCACAAACAUUUUUAUAUAAAUUAAAAACAAGGGAAACAAACAGAUCAUGUAUUAUGGAUGUAUGUAUUAAGGGGAAACAAAAAGAAAUCAUUGGAAUAAAGGUGCAUUACAAAUCGAUAAACACUCGAACGCUUUAGAAGAACGUGUGUAAUUAUCGGGAAAACGAUGAUGAGACGACGCAGGACGAAUGUAAGUAAUGUCACAGGUUAAAGAGGUUAAAUCAAUGCCCAGAACGAGGCGGCCGACCACAGGCCAGCGCAGGAGUCGUGACCUGCAGGUCUGCUACUUUCAAAACCAAAAUAAUGAGCAGGGUCAUUAGUGGAGCUAAAAACAGCACGUACAGCCCUUAGCGACCGCGCGUACUACCGCGUCAACCCGAGACCGUACACCACUUUAGUCAUGCUACACAUCCCAGAGGCUACGGCCACCCGCGCCGACCCACUGAGAUUCGUUAAAUCCUGUUUUAUAAAUGACUCAAAAAAGCUUCUGCGGUGAGGAGCUCGACUUUAGCUUUGAGGUUCAGCUCGAGGAAAGAUCAUCGUUUGAUACGUCUGGAAUCGUCUGGAGUUUUAGGGCACACGUACGUAUCUAGGCCUGUCACGAUAAUGCCAUAAUAUGAUAAAACCAUGAUGCACUGAUGCGAUAAUAAGAACAAUACUUAUUGUUAACUUCAAUAAUGGCCAUUAUAUUUAAAUGAGCUGGUAUGCUCAAAGAUCACUUCCUAAAAUAAUCGCCUAAUUGAUCACUCUGAUCACCCUCAGCUGAUCAGAUUAUUUGAUUCUACCUCUUUAUGAUAAUUUUCUAUGUUUUGAAAUUGUGAUUAAUCUUAAGACUUUCAAUUUUUAACUCAAACUUUUACAAAAAGUUUUAUGAAACCAUUUUACCCAAUUAGAACAAUGGAGAAUGAAGAUAUAACCCUGCGUUCACACUGGCUGGCGACAAGUCCCUCGCAUUGCCCCGAGUUUGUCAGCUUUCCAGGUAAUGUUUGGCCAGGUAGCACGGACGUUAAUGUAGCAAGUUACAUAGGGAGUCAUCAGCUGCGUUCGUUAACUCUUCAUUCAUUUAAUUCCUGGAAUAAUCAGUGGUUAUAAUCCUGCUCUGUUGUGUUCAGAACCGUUCACACUGCUGAGGAAGCUUUACAGAGGAGAAGGUUGAGAUCUCGAACCCUGUGUCUGUAAAAUUGGUUUAAAGAAAUUGUUCUGCCUAUAAGUGUACAAUCUUGAUUCACCAUGUCAAAAUUAAUUUGCAUACAGUUGAAAAUCUCAACUCUGUCGCUUGGAGCUUUGCUGCUCUGUGUCUGGAUGCUUGGGUGAUUGGUUGCUCUGCACUUCGGUGCACUUGACGCUUAGUGUUCGAUAUUAUGAUGCUUUGGCGCUCUAUCUUUUAACACUUACGCUGUCAUCUGAUGCUUUGGCGUUCUAUCACUUAACACUCUGUUGCCUUGGCGCUCUAUCACUUGAAGCUCUGUUGCCUGAUGUUUUGGCGCUCCGUUGUUUUGGCGCUCUGUCACUUAAGGUUUUGAGGCUCGAUGCUCUGUCACUUUGGCGCUUUAUCAUCUGACACUGUCGCCUGAUGCUUUGGCGCUCUGUCGCUUAACGCUUUAACGCAUGAUGCUCUGUCGCUUUGCCAUUCUAACAGUUGACACUCUCUUGCCUGAUGCUUUGGCGCUCUAUCGUUGACGCUGUCACCUGCUGCUGUGGCACUCUGUCGAUUAAUGCUCUGUUGUUUUGGUGCUCUAUCACUUGACGCACUGUUGCCUGAUGUUUUGGCGCUCUGUUGUUUGCACGCUUUGGCGUUCGAAGCUGAGUCGCUUUGGCGCUCUAUCGCUUGUUACUCAACACUUUUGCGGUCUGUCGCUUGACACUCAGCCGCUCGGCACUCGCUUGAUGCUUUGCUGCUCUGCUACUUGGCACGGCUACAAAUCGGGCCCUCCUAUUGGAAAUAAGUUGUGACCUGUCGCUCUUUCACCUGCCAGUGUGUGAACACAGGGUAACACCCCUAUUAUCUAGCAAAACCAAAAAAUGAACCCCCUUUACAAAAUAAAAUUCAAAAUCGUUUUUGAGAAUCGGUACAGUAUUGCAAAACUAAAUAUUGCACACCUGUAGUCAACAUCACUAGUUAUCGUGACAGGCCUGUGUGUAUCAUAGCAUAGCGUGUUUAUUUAAAAAAAAAAAAAAAAAACGUGACACAUUAAUGUAAAUUAUUUGCUACCAUGUCCGAUGUUCAUUUCUGAAAUCAAAGAGUACAGUAUGUCAUUUCCUGUGCCAGUCUGCUUCAGGACAGUAAUAUAAAAGUAUGAAUCUGUUUGAAUUAUUACUACUAUUACGACCACAGAUAGAAAAAAGAAAAAAAAAAGGUAUUUCCUGCAAAUGUAAUGGGAUCUGACGUAUGAAUUAAAUAGAUAAAACAAUAAAUGAUUAAUAAAA